AUGCUCAGUGCGAUCCCCUCUUCUCUCUGCUGUUGCUUUUACCGUCAACGCUUCCUCUAUCUCUUCAUCUCUCUCGACCUCCUCUGCCUGUCGCUGCUGUUGCCGGUGGCGGCAAUGCGGAUCCGUGUCUUCAUCUCAUUGAUCCGAUGGGACGCACACACACACACACACACACACACACGCAGACGCGCACGGCUCCUUCAAGGUGGAUUGGAGGAGCACCAUCGUUUCGAAUUGAACGCGGCCAUCGCACUCGUCCGUCGAUCCGUCGACCCCCUCCCCUCUCCACGGCGCUUCGCUCUCCUGUGCGCUUGCCGACUUCGCACGGUCUGCUUGCGUCAUCGGCUCUCCUCACUUCCCCCGGGCACUUUGCCGCGACGUUGGCUGCCACCGUCACCAGCCUCAUCACUGCUCGCGUUAUCAACCCGCACCAUCAGCGCUGGCCGUGGUCGCGUCUGCGCAUCUCUGCUCAAAACACACUCUGUAUGCACAUCGUGGGCUGUGUGUCCAGUGAUGGAGCGCACUGAGUUUGUUGACAGCACCUACAGGGGCGGCGGUGGCGGCCGAGGUGGAGAAGCCCUCCUGAUGAACGAGUCGUCCUCGCUGCAGCGCACGGCCAGGGCCCGAGCCCACGCAGCGCAGUACCUCAUGGACAUCGAAAACGCGUGUAUGCCGCUGUUGCCCGAUGACCCGGAGAAGCGCAUCUCGCUGCAUCGGCAGCUGCGUGGACGUUACAACCCCACACAGAUCCCCCUCUCCUCUCUCUCGUGCGCCGCCUACCUUAGCGCCAGCGACGUCGCACAGUUGGCGGCGCUGUUCCGCCAGUACAGCUUGUUUUCCAGCGAGGUGGUCAACACCCUCGACAGGGACGACAGCAGCGGCGGCGGCAGCGGCAAAACCAGUGCAGAGGGGAAGGGCAAGGCUGCGGUGGCGGCGGCAGCGACGGCGACAUCGGCGAAGGCGCCCAAGAGUCGACCCCGAUCUUUCGGGCGCGACAGCGAAGCGACUCCGCAGUCGCCCUCCACGGUCUGUCCUACAGUAGCAGCUGCUCCUCGGCCUCCCGUGGUGCUGGAUGCUAUGCAUGGCAAGACUGGCAUGGGAGUGCUCCAGUGUGUCGCGCGGCAACGGCGACCGCCUGCAUCACCGCCCGAACGCCCCUUGAGUUCCGCCUCGCCCUCGGCUGCUGGUUUCGUGGCCGCUGCCGCUGGGGCGGCUGUAACGCCUUCAUUCUCCGCGUCGCCCAGUGUGAGAAGGGCGGAGGGGGAGCCGGUAGCGCGUACACUGACAGAAAUGGCGGCAGCGGACCGGCGCGAGCUAGCGGAGCCCUUUACCAGCGAAAGCAAUGACGCUGCCUUGACCACGGGCUGGCUUGUGGAGCUGCUGCUGGAGAUGGUGAUUGAGAAUUCCGCCCACUCGGCAAACGCCAGUGUUGGGGGCGGUGGGGCUGCGUCUGCGGCAGCAGGGGUCGCAUCGGGACAGACGCUGACGCCCCCUGGUGCAUCACUGCCUCAGCCGCGGCCCAGCACAGGCAGUCAUCAUCACUACAACAACGGCAACGUCACUCACGUGGCGCCGGCGUGCUUCAACUCCGCGACGAUGGUUUGCCAGACUCGUCGCCACGACGCGCGUGUGGAUCAGCUGCGCUGCUUCAAGGCAGAGUUGACCGCCUGGGCAGAGCGCCUCGCCCAAAAAUGCGAUGAGCGCGAGCACCGGGCAGCGUGGCAUCAGUGCGUUGCGCAGGAAGAAGUCCUGCAACGCUACCAAGCAUGUGUCCUGCAGAGCCAGGCGUCAAGGCUAAUGGGCGCCUCGUCGACUGGUGCACCUGGCGGCACUGCUGGAGCGCUCUCCUCGCGUCCCAAGAUGCUGAGCUUCGUGAACUUCGAACCUGCAGGUACGCUGGCGAACAGCAAGGUCGGCAGCAGUGUGUCCCCGUGCCGCAACGGCGGCGCUGGCGGACGUAGCAACGUUAGCUGGGGGCCGUCGCACGUGGUCAAAGUCGUUUCGCCUGAUGCGACGAAGACUCCUACAACACGCAGCACUCUAUGCCCAUCACCGCCGGGCUCAGCUGCAAGGCUGAUCGAACCGUCUGGGGACCCUCAGUCGAACACGCUCCACGCUGCAGCGGAGCAGCAGCCAGAGAUCAGCACUCACUCGGACACCAGCGACGCCGACGAGGUACUUUCGAUGCACAACAACGACAACGCUGGUGGCCUCGCGCAUCCCUCUUUUCCAGUGGAGAUGCUCCACUCCACCGUCUCCUCCUUGGCCGGCUCAAUGGCGGUCUUGCCAUCCAACGCCGCCGGACUUGGAGCGAGUGUGGCGCCGCCGUCCAUGAGUGUAUCCGUCACCGGGGUGAACGGUGCCGCUGCGGAUCAAAGCCUGCUGGCAGCAAAGGCGCGACUCACAGCCCCUGCCUUGAAGGACCUGCUGCAGCAGCCAGCACAGCUGUACGCGUAUCUAUGGACAUCGAGUGCGGCAGCGAGGCUGGCGGAGGGGGAGGAAAGGUGUCAGCAUCACCAGCGCGUGCGGAUGGUGCGCGGCGCACAACCGCCGCCGAGCCGCGGCGGAGAUAAGUCUACCAGCGGCAGCAGCGCGAGCCCCACAGAGAGUGCCGUGGGCACUCGACGCAGCCGCGCCGCUGCAGUGCAGCAUCUUGUGUGCUGGAGCGACGUCGCAAGCAACCUGCUAAUGGGACUGGAGACGACGUGGCUGUCGCAGCGGCAUGAUGCGGCCUAUGCGCGGGUGCCGACGGCGCUGCUGGAGGAUCUGUCGGAGAUGACCGCGCCCAAGAGAGGCGGGUCGAGCCACCACAUCGGCGCCGGCAGCGAUGCGCACACCGUGCCGCGCUCAUUCACCAGUACCCAUGAGGAUGGAAGUGACGACGACAGCGACUCACUCGACGAUGGUGUGGCGCUCGGCGGCGGCGCUAACAGUGGUGCCGGGGUUGCAGGGAGCGGUCAAGCGUGUCGGCGCCGGCUGCACAAAAGCGGGCUCGGCAAUGACGCUGUUGCACUGCAGCAGCGGGCGGUGCUGUUCAACAGCCUCGGCGCGGCUGCCGAGACCACCCUUGGUGCCCUUCAUAGUGAGGCAGCAGAUCACAUUCUCGCCUCCCCGACGUGGAAGUACACUGUCACCAGCAGCAAGGACGGCCUCCUCAAGGUGUGGGACACCACCAGCGGCCAGUUCGUGUCCACGAUCCUGAACAUUGGACAGUCCUGGGUGCUCACCAUGACAUUCCUGCAUAGCGGCGAGUUUCUCAUGGUGGCGACGAGCGCGGCGGAGAUCACCGUCGUGAACUUUCCGGCUGGUGGAGUGCUGCUCAAGCUGCGUGGCUGCACCUCACUGGCAACGGCGGUGCCGCAGGUCAAGCAGCCGUCUACAUUCUUCACAAAGCGCUAUGGGCUGAAGCCUGGCGAGUGUGGCCGGCACAAGCCGACGUGCAGCGACGGCGGUGGCUGGCUCGGAGCAGCGGCGGCCGCCCGGCUCAUGGAAUACGCGGAGGGUGAGAGCGAGCCGAUUGUGGCGCGGCCCAUCGUGGGCUACGUCACGCCCACGUCCGCCUUCUUUGACGCCGAGAUGGGCUUCUUCUUUUUUGGGACCAUGAGUGGCAUGGUCGGCUGCGUGGACCUGACGGCGGUCUUGUCACGCACAGCCCUGCACGCCGCCGCUGCCGGCGCUGGGUGGGCGUACCCGCUGCAGGUGUACGGCGCCGUCCUCGCCCAUCCGGAGGUGCUUCCGCCGGAAAUGGGCGCCGCGUCGACGCCUGCGUCAGAGAUGCCGUUGCCGUCUCUCGAUUCCACCGCGACCUACUCCCGUUUGCCCGCCGUUGGCCACCGCAAAACGCGAAUAUCGUCGCCGUUCUCGUUGGCCGCCGCGGGGAUGACCGCGGCCACCACUAGUGGUGGUUUGCCAGUGAACGGUCUCUUCUUCUGUGGCGUGGGCCACUGCAUCAUCUCCUCCGACCCCGACGGCGGCAUCAUGCGCACUUCCUUCACGGCCGCCGCCGACACCCUCGACUACGCUCUUGGCACUCCAACGAUGGUAAUGGCAACUGCGAAGCCGAUUCGCUUCAUGGUGAGCUGCGCCAGUGGCCGCCGCUUCGUCACGGUACACAGCGACCGCCGCGCCUUCUUGUGGGCUGUCGGCCGCACCUUGACGGAGUGCGUUCACCAGUACCCGCAGGAGGCGUACGACAUCAUUGAUGUCUGCUUCAUGCCACCACAUCAGCAGGUGGCCAUGCUCAUGUCAGACCACAGCAUCCGCAUCUACGACGAAAGGGGGUCGCGUCCCUUGACCUCCAUCCUACCUCCGCGCGGGUCGAGCAGCCGAGUCGAGGACAUGGCCUCCAUGACCCUCAAGUGCUCUGCCAACGACGUUGAUGGCUGCUUGACAUACUUGCAGACGACGCAGCGACUGGUCUGUGGGCUCCGCGGUCCCGUCCUGUAUGAGCCUGCCGCGCGCGCGCCAGCGCGGGGCGGCGCCUCGAUCAGCACCGUCGAGGCUCUCGAGAUGCCGGCGGCGACUGAUAUGCCAGAGAGGAACUCGAACCCAACUGACGCGGGUGCUGCGUCGUCGACCGAGGGAAUGCAGGUGGAGGAGGUGACUUUGCCCCCGUCGUUGUCGUCGCUGGGGUCGUCGCUGUCGCUGCCUCCCUUGCCGCAGUCGGCCUUGCCCUUCUCUACGCCAACCUCCACCGCUCUCGCAGCGACACAGAAGGCGACGACUCUCUCGCCGCGGCGCUCGCGCAUCGCGUCCGUCUCCGCGUCGAUGGGCUCUUCCACCUACGGUGGGAUGCGCGGCGUGGGGGGCGACACCGCCGGCAUCGAGACGGAAAAAGCGAAGGCUGCUGCUGCGGCGGCGCAGGAGGAGGUGUGGCGCCAACGCCAGCUGAACGCAGCUCUGCAUAAGUGCCAUCAGCGGCUGCAACCCCAUCAGACCCACUCCUCGGCCGUUAUUGGGCUCCUGCUCGACCCCGGGCGCGGCGAGCUGCACAGCUUCAGCACCGACACGUGGUGCGUGUGGUACUACGAGACAGGUAAGCGCCUCCGUGCGCCUCUGCAUGUGCCGCGCGCGGCGGAGAAGGAGCUGGCGGUACGCAGUCGGCGUGCGCUCCUGACGUGCUGCAGUUGGAGCACUGAGGGGCGCACGCGUGUGCUGGUGGGCACACGCGACAGCCGAGUGCUGACGCUGGACGCACGCCUCGUCUCCGUCAUGAGCGCGACGGACCCAUUCACGCGGAGUGUCAGAGGUCCGACGUCAGGCGCUAGCAGCCCCAUGCUCCUUGCAGACAAAGACGUUGGCGUAAUCUCCAGCACUGGGUGCCGCACACUGCUGUGCAGCGGUCACGUGUGCGAGGUCCGCCGGUACGAGGUCACGGGUCCACCGAAGCCCAGCGGAGAGGAGAAUUUCAUUUCUAUGCGAGUGGAGCUGCCCUCUACGUCGACAGCUGUCGCGCCGUCGCCAACGCACGGUGGUGGCACCGUCGCCACUGUAGCCCCCGCAGCGGCGGCAGUCAAGGACACGAAGUGCACCACAAGCGCCACCCGUGGCGGCUGCAGCGAUACCACGAUCACUGCCUGCUGCGUGGUGCGGGAGUCUCACCUGUGCCUUGGCACGGCUGACACACAGCUGUUCUUCUACCGCAUGGUCGACCGCAGCAGCCCCGUACACGUGGAGGUGCUGUGCGACGCGCACGGGGUGCCGGACGUCGGCCGCGUUGUGAGUCUGAACUACCUCAACGACCUGGCGCACGACAUGCUGCUCGCCGUCGUCGACACCGGGAUCCUCUUCCUGUAUUCCUACACGCUGCAGCGCACGCUAGGGCGACACACCUUUCCAACUUUAGGGUCGCAGAUGAUUCUUACCGCAGUGCCAACCUUCACAUCACGGGGGCACACGCGGGGCCAUCAGCAGCAGGAACACUACAUCACCAGCGUUGCUGUUGCCCGUGAGGUGGUAGGGGCGCCGCAGUCGUCGCUGCUGAUGAUGGCCUGUGGUGACUCGGCGGGGUACGUGCAUGUCGUGCCUUUCGCCCACCUGCUCGCCGAGGUUUUGAACACGACCUCGCGUGAUAAGGGCGCGAGUAGCGCAGCGCGCGUACCCAAGAGUCAUGAACUGCGCGUGUCGGCAUCCUUUCGUGCCUCGCGCAGCGGUGUGUCAUCGCUGGAGCUACUAGCCACCAACCCCUCGAAGCCGACGGUUGCGACGCCCAGUCACGCGAGCACGGAGCUACCCUCCACGGAGCGCACCACGGCCGCCACCUCGACGGCAAUGCCAUCUACUGUGCAGUUCUCCGAGCCGCAUCUGCUCGUGUUUGCUGCGGGCUUUGAUGGCAACGUGCGGGUCUUCAGUCUUUCUCCCAACACGCCACAGCAGGAUCUGCUGCCAUUGCCCCACUUCGCCCCCGCCACCUCUACCAGCACGUGGUCAGCGGUGACGACGUCGCCGCAGCUGCCCCAGCCCGUUGCCACGAGCGCUAACUAUACGAGAGUGUCGCACAGCAGGACAGUGGUGCCCAACCUGCCAGAACGCAGCUCGUCUUUUCGAACCGUUGGCGGCGGCAGGGCCUCGCUGCCGAACCACGCCGUCGGAGCAAUGUGCUACGAGGCGAAGACAGUCGGACUCUGUGGCGUGGACACGUGGGACCUAUGGGACCCGCACACCUUCAGCGAUAUCGAGCAGGCCGCAGUAAUUACUCAAGCCCACAGCGACGGCCACAUUGGCUUCGUGCUGCCAUCCAUCCUCGACGACGUAGACGAUAGCGAGGGAAACGUGGAAGGGUGUGGGGUGGCCGGGAACGCGGUCAGUGCUCCUGGAGCACGCAUCGCUGCCGUCGGUGUGGACUCCACAGCGGCGACGACGGAAAGCGGAGCCGUGUUGCUCUAUGACAUCCUGCGCAGAUCCAAGAAACAGAAGCCGGGUAGCCCCACCACCGCCGUCGGCACCUAUGCGCAGCAGCCGUUGCAUCAAUCGCGGUUAGCUGCAACAACCACCGGCGUCGCUGCGGACGGGGCGACUCCUCGUCAGUGCGGCAGCGCACCCAGGUCUCGUUCGCCGCCGUCCUCGACGCGCAUGGCUACACCUGCUGCAACGGCAGCCGUAGCCGAUACACGGGCUGCCGCAGCGUGGUCAGGGAAGGGAGAUGCCGACACCAACGACGGACCCGUACGCUAUCCAGGAUGCUGCACGAGUGCUGCACCGCCUCUGCCGCCACCACUACCGGCGCACUUCACGCCGCACACAAUCGGCGAGUUGGUGCGCGAUGCGCUGCCGUAUUCAUGGAGUCGCUCCUCCAGCGUGAGGGACGUUGUCGCGGCGUCAUCCUCUCCUCUUGGUCCGCCCAUGCAGGACGCCGCAGGCUGCGUGCGCGACGGCCACAUCUAUGGUGUUCUCUCGCCGAUCCCGCGCCCGCGGGCGAUGCGGAACCCGCUUAUACGCGUGUACCCGUUGGCCCUUCUACGGCAGAUGGGUCUGCUGCACCCCCUGGAUACCACUCCAGAUGUCGACCCAGAGACCGGGUUGCUGGUGCUCAUCUCUGCGCACGACGCCUUCAAGCCCUGGAAGACGCGGCUGCUGAGGACCGAGAGCGCGAGCACCGCCACCGCGGCACCGAACCUGAUGGCCACUUCGCCCAUGACCAGCGUCAAGUCGGUACACUCCGCACUGGCGACGGCUGAGGCGAGUCGACUGCCGUCAGCUGCGGAGACGAACGGCACUGACACAGUCAUAAACGUGCCGAGAUGCUCGUACACGUUGUCGUCCUCGCACUCUUUUUCGGAGGCGAGCGGGUUCCUGUGCCCUCGUCGCAUUACGGCGACCGCGUGGCCGACGCCGCUUUCUCUGACCCCGAAUCACACGAGGAGUGCAGGGGCGGAGGCGGAGGCGGGGUGGCGAAACAGCAGCACUGGCGCCGACGAUGCAGAGCCCGAAACGUCGGUGUUCCUGACCGAGGGAGGGGUAGACUGGACUCGUCCGAGUUUUUGCACCGCGACCCCCGCCAGCUCUAUGUGCUCUCCCCUGUGCGCCGUGGGCACGGCGACGCUGGCGGGAGAGCUGAGCUCUGCCUCUCGCCGUACGACCACAGAGGAGGAGAAGACUGCUGUGGCAGGUGCGGAUGGGUUACAGCGGGUCGCCAUCCGCCCCCCUUCCACCACAGAGUGGAAGAUGGUGUCCGACGCGGUCCGCGAUAGCGGGGAGGCGUCGUCGCGACGGUCCAUCUCGUCCGCGAACCCGAGCAGUGCCCUCGCGUGGUCGAACCGCUCGCGCCCUCCGUUAUUGCCGCCUGCAUCACUCACCUCGGCACAGUCGUUGGCGAAGCAGAAACUCACAUACCUGCGUGGCGCUUUGGGAGGCGUCGAUGCAGAGGUGCUCCGCAUGAGGGAGGAUCAGAUGAUGCUGGCGCACAUGGCUGCCCGACUGGAUUGCUCGCGGCAGGUGCCGCUGCCGGCCCAUGGAAACGCUACAGCCGCCAUGGAUGGCACAUGGACGCACUCGCCGCCAAUGAGCACCCCUGUCUUGGGCGAGUACACCUCUCGACUCAUCCGCCUGUGGCGUCAGCGCGCUGGGGACGCGGUGGUGGAGGCUGUCGCUGCCGCCCUCACAGCCCUGGGAGCUGAGGAAGCCGCAGAGACGCACAGUUCCGCCGCCGCCGCUGAGGACACGGGAACAACCACCAGCGCCGGCGCUACCACGACCUCUGCCAUGUCACACACAGCCGCUGCGCGCGCACGGGAGCCGAAGCUGGGCAGUGGCAGCUUUCCGACCCGCGGGCUGAAGGCCGGCGGUAAGGGGGCGCCGGGAAAGGCGAUGUUGUCGCCACGUCAGCGCGAUCCUACAGUGAUGGUGUCGUCUUCCCGCUCAGAGCGGCGAUCGAGCCACGGAGGCCAGGCCAACCCCCAAACGGCGUACGCCUCGAUGCUGCAGGCAGGUGCGUCCACAACGUUCGGGCUCGAGCUCUUAGCCCUGUCGCUGCCAAAUGAGCCACAGGCAGCGCCGACUCGCGCGCGGCGAUGCACUGGCCGAGGCGCCGCCGCAUCGCUGUCGGCCGGAGCAGCCGCGGCACCUCCAAGGCGGGGAGCAAGGGCGGCCGUGUCGGCGGCAGCAGCAACAGCCGUCUCGUCCAAGGCAGCUCCUCAUCUCGAGACAAGGCUGCCCAUGAUCGCCCUGCAGCAGGACGUGCAGCCCAUCCGGGUGUGCUUGCCGUCGACGCUCCGCGCCGAUGAGGGAGAGCGGAUGUGGCUGCGGCGCUUCGAGGCUGCCUUCAACAGCGUCGACAAGUGA